UAUAAUACAUGUACAUGAGCUAGCUGUCCCGUUUUGACGUCAUGUCCACAAUCGCCUGUUUGCCUUUGACCGACACUCAGCGCAAUUUGAGAUCGUGAGGGCAAAACGGUUCUGGUCAGGCAUUGAUCCUAUGAUAUUGACAGUUGGAAUACGAUUGGAAAAGCGUCAGCAACCAAGUUUCAAAUGUGAUAGCAACCCCCAAACAAGCACAAUGACGAAGCCCCCGGCGCUCAGACCGCUCCGCUCCUCGGCCGAGCCUGUUUUUGUAACGGAGGUGCCCAUGACAGCUCGGGCUCCUGGUACACGGGUGUCGUUCACUAGGUCCAGGGAGGAGAGAAAAAAGUUGGUCGACGUUGUGCACAACCCGAAGCUGAACGGUCGCGAUCUGUGCCAAAGGGAGAUAGUCAAUGCGGAAUUACUCAACUUCAAAUUCUGGGGCACUUUGAGAGAGUCAAGGACGGAGGUAAAAAACACACUGCCUAGCAUUAAAACGAUAGAAAAAGAAAAACUGGCCAUAGAUUUCGCCCGAAAUAAAAGAACCAACCCCGAGGGUGUGGCCUACAAGGAGUUUUAUAACGAAUUCUAUGACAACAAAUACGGCUACUAGGCGAUGAGUGAUACAAACUCCUGAGCUUCAGGGCUUUCCAUUCGUCGAGACUAUAGAUUAUUGAAUUAUGUUCGGACAACAUUCUUGUUUGUUUUGCAAAGGACAUUUUUGUUGGAUGUAACAUUUGUGACUACUCUACACUAUUACCAUAAUAUUUAAUGUGCGUGAUUAUAAGUAUCUUUUCUAUAAACUGCCAUCUUUGUAUUGUAUUGCUUUUUUUCUACAACUUAAUGUA